AGGUAGUAAUAGAGUAGUGAGAGGAAGAAGAGAGUGACCCUUUUUCUUUCUCCUCUAUCCUCUCUCUCUCUCUCACUCUACCUUGUCUCAUCAAUAACACUGUCCCUUGCUCAAAGAUUCCAAUUUCCAGCACCAAAAUCAAUUCACCGGAAAGGGAUGUUUCCACGCUUCGAUUCAAUCAUGUCCCAACCUUCAAAGGAAGACAUUAGCAAAUAAGGAAGCAAACCUAGAAAAGUAUCAAUCUUGAAAUUCAUGUCACAAAGCUUCCAUCAAGGCAUCUAUAGCUUUCCAAAUGCAUACGAACGAUCCGAGUGGGUGAUGAGAGAGCAAGGUGGCGGCGGAGCCACGGAAGAUCAGAUCCAGCCCACCCACAAACAUCUGCCUCAUAGUGAACUAUCUUUCAUGAAUCCACCCACAGCUUCCUCUAAUCUACAAGGGUUUCACUUAAUCAGCCCUAUUAAUCCAGCUUCCAACAUGCCGCCACCGCCGCCGUCUCAGAUGAGCUGGAUCCCGAGAAGCAGCGGGGGCGAGAAGGAGGGACAAGGCCUCUCUCUGUCUCUCUCCUCUUUGGAAGCCGCCAAAUUGGAGAAAAUGAAUGUGGGAAACGGGGAAUUAUACUUCCAUGGCAGCAAUCCUUAUCCAUUGGGAGAUCCGAUGAUGUUUGGGGAUCACGAAAAUCAGAUUCAUUUGGGGUAUGUGGAAUCUUCAAGAAGCACGACUUCGCUGAGGAAUUCUUUGUAUUCGAAGGCCGCGCAAGAAUUGCUGAUGGAGUUCUGCAGUGUGGGGAAUGGGAGAGAGAAUCGGAUUGUGAAGAAACAAGGCAGAAACCCUAAUUUGGCAUCCGAUGAUAACGGCGUCCGUUUGUCUUCUUCAAAGAAUCACCACUCCUUAUCCCCUUCUGAGAGAACUGAGUACCAAAGAAGAAAAAUUAAGCUCCUCUCCAUGCUCGAUGAGGUGGAGGAGAGAUACAUGAAAUACAGCGAGCAGAUGCAGGCGGUGGUGGACUCAUUCGACGCGGCAGCGGGGGAAGGGGCAGCCGCGGCGUACACGGGGCUAGCGAGGCGCGCAAUGUCGCGGCACUUCCGGAGCAUGAACGACGCGGUGGGGCGCGAGAUGAAGGAGUGCCUGGCGGCGCUGGGGGAGAAGGAGGUGGGGAUCACGAAGGGGGAGACGCCGCGGCUGAAGGCGGUGGAGCAGAAGUACCGGCGCCAGAAGGCCCUUCAGCUCCAGCACAUGGGGACGGGGACGACGGAUCACGACUCGUGGCGGCCCCAGCGCGGGCUGCCGGACCGGUCCCUCACCAUUUUGAGGGCAUGGCUCUUCGAGCAUUUCCUCCAUCCGUAUCCAAGUGAAGCAGACAAACAUUUGCUGUCUAGACAGACAGGUUUAUCGAAAAAUCAGGUAUCAAAUUGGUUUAUAAAUGCUAGGGUUCGACUGUGGAAGCCAAUGGUAGAAGAAAUGUACCAACAGGAAUUCAAAGAAGCUGCAGCAGCCAAUGGUGCAGAAACCGUUGCACCAAAAAGGGACCCUUCAGAAACCACCUCAUCCGCUGCGGAGGUGGGGUUGAGCUCAGAGAUCAGCGGUGGAAAUGCGGCUGCCGGAGAAGUUUCGCUUACAUUGGGACUCCGGCGUUCGGAAAAUUGUGCCAAUUAUGAGCCAUCUCUCAGUUAGGGAUUUCGGGGCUUAUGAAUAACUGCCAAUUAUUGAGUUUUUGAAAAGUGUCGAAAUUUAACUAUAUGUCACAUUGCUGUUUCUAUAAAGGUAUAAAGUGAGUGUAAUAAGGAGUAGUUGUAUAGACAGAGGUGACUGGUGAGAUGAAAUGUAUUGGAAUGCUUUGUUUUUCAUUCAA